AUGGUUGCUGAUAAUUUUUUACCAAGUUAUCUUCGUGAUAGUCCUUUAUACAAAAAUAAUAAAAGAUUAUAUUCUCGGGUUCCUUUACCCACUCACUGGAAUCCAGCAGAUAGCUCAUCCUAUGUUGCAAUUGUUGAUGACAAAAAUUUAACAGUUAAAUAUGAUGCUAACCCUUCUGAUCAUGAAAUAAUAACUCAUAAUACAAAUCCAGAUGUCGCUCCUGAUCCAGAGACAACACCAGUAAUAAGAGCUAUAGCUGAAACACAAAUGAAUGCUAAUGAUACGAACAUUAUUAACACAAUGACAUCUACACCAUCUGAUUUAGAAAACGUAGUCAGUUCUAAUGUUCCUGUUGAUUCUACAUAUUCCACUACCACUUUGUAA